AUGGUUGUUUGGACGGCAUGGGGUCCUGUCGAAGAAGCUUUAUAUGUGAUAUCUGCAAAUUAUCAAGGCAUUUCCUGCGCAAAAGUUCGGGGUGUGCUUGUGCGAUGUUCAAAUUCAGAACUUACUGUUAAAGCUGCAAGACCAAAAGGAUAUAUGGAUCAGUUCUGUUUAACGAAAAGAAGAGAUAUGAUUGGGUUGCUUCUUGGAGUUUCAAGCCUUGUGAUAGACUCAUUUGAAGCUGAGGGAGCUGGCUUACCCCCAGAAGAAAAGCCUAGGCUAUGUGAUGGUCCUUGUGAGAAAGAGCUUGAAAAUAUACCUUUGGUAACUACAGAGUCCGGUUUGCAGUACAAGGAUAUUAAAGUUGGUCAAGGCCCCAGCCCACCAGUUGGUUUUCAGGUGGCGGCGAAUUAUGUUGCCAUGGUUCCAUCUGGACAAAUAUUUGACAGUUCCUUGGAGAAGGGUCAAGUUUAUAUAUUUCGUGUUGGCUCUGGUCAGGUGAUCAAGGGACUUGAUGAAGGGAUCUUAUCCAUGAAAAUAGGAGGGAAGCGCCGACUCUACAUCCCAGGAUCGUUGGCGUUUCCCAAGGGCCUCAACUCAGCUCCAGGAAGGCCAAGGGUGGCUCCAAGUAGUCCGGUCAUUUUCGACGUGAGUUUAGAAUACGUACCAGGCCUUGAAAUUGAGGAAGAGUAA